AUGGAUUAUCUAGUUUAGAUAAUUAUUGUUCUUUUGAAUAAUUUAAUCAUUUAUUGUUACUUAUUUCUUUUUAAAGCUCUGAUAAAUAACAAUUAAUUUGUAAUAAUGCUAAAAUAUUAGAAGUCAAAUAUUUCUUCGUAUAGAGCUUUUUUCAAUGCUCUGUAGAUGUAGUGUGACAUAUUUGGAUAACUGCCUAUGUUUACUAUAUUAAAAAAAGAAAGAUUUUCUACUAGCUUCGGAGCUUUUUCCACACUAAUAAUUUUUGGAUUUUGUCUUUUGUAUUUAUGGAUUGAACUUGAAAAGCUAUUUAAUCGCAGUGACCCAAAUGUAAUCCAAUAUGAUUCUUAACUUCUAGAAAGUAGUGUAAGUUUUAUAUAAUAUUCUUAGGAAAUUCCAUUGAUGAAUAACAAUUUUACAAUUGCAGUAACUUUAUCAGGAUUAAACACUUAACCAUUUAAAAAUGUCAAAAGGUAUUUUAACAUUUCUGUAAAUACAUGUAAAAGACAGAGGGUUUUUAAUAAAACAGAUAAUACAACAUAAGUUAUUUAAUAGUAUGACUUGUUACAUUAUUUAGAUGUUAAGAAUAUCCAAUCGAAGCUUGUACGGUUAAUCAUGCAGUUACUGAUAGCUAAAAAGAGUAUUUUGGAAAACUCUAACUAGGAACAGUUCAAUGCUUACAGAAUGAGGCUUGGCAAGCGAAUCCACCAGUAAGAAAUUAAAAAUAAAUAUUUUAGAAGUUAUAGGGUGUAUUGCAAGCUAUGGAGUUUUAAUAUCUUCAAAUAUAGGUCCAAAUAUGUCAUAACACAACUACAUAUAAUGAAUGUGCUCCUUUAGAAGAAAUUCAGGAUUUAGCAAGAGCAGGAUAUUAUGGUAUACAUUUAAGUGAUAAUUUAUUAUAAUUGAAUGAGUUUGAAUAGCCUUUUUCAUAAAUCCAAAGCAUGCAAUAAGCUUCAUUCUCCUUAAAAACAUCAAGAUCGAUCUAUUAAACUCUAAAAUAAGUUCAAAUAAUUACUGAUGAUGGAUUUGUUUAGGAAAAUAGAAAUUCAUUUUUUGGUUUAAUUUAAAAUUAAUGGAGAGAGGAAUCCUCUACUUACAAUAAUAUAUUUUUAAUAAACCAUUUUAUUUAUUUGGAUGGAAAAUAAUCUACUUAUUAAAGAAAUUAUAUCAAAAUUUAGGCAAUUCUGGGAAAAAUAGGAGGAUUUUGGAAUGUUGCGGUUCUAUUAUUUAAGAUAUUUGUCACUCCUAUAGUAAUAACUUUGAUGAAUGUUCAUCUUGUAAAUAAACUAUUUAGAUUUGAAAUCAAUGAGAGGUCUUAGUUAUUUAAAGAUGAAAUAAAAGAGGAAUCAUUAAGUGACAUAAAUAAAAGCUAAACUAUUUACAAAGAACCUUCAUAAUAAUAAUAUGAUGUUGUCAAUUCAAAUCAGAAAAGAAAGAAACCAAAUAAAUUACAAUCAAAUAGAAGAAAUUAAUCUGAAAUUUAGAAAUAUUUAACGCAAUCCAAAUAACAAUUAAAUUUAGGAAUAAUUGAUAUAUUGUUAGUCGCAUUUUGUUGUAAAAGAAAAGUUAAAUAAUAAAUUAGAUAUGCAAAAACAAAAUGUUAACACAAAUUAGAUGUGGCAUUAAUAAUAAGUAAAAUCUAUGAAUUUGAUAAGCUAAAAUACGUACUUUUCUCAAAUGAAUAAUUAAAUAUAUUUAAUUGUAUACCAAAACCUAUCAUUCCAGCUGAUUUAUUUAAUAGAAACGUAUCCGAUAAAAUGAAAGCUUUAGAAUAAUAAAAAUAAUAUUUGUUUAUGCUUGAAGAUGAAAUGCCUAUGAAACUUAAAUUGGAGUAAGCUUUUUCUAGUUAUAAAAAACUUAAAAAUAAAAAGGACAAAACAUAUACAGAUCAUUAAUUACUUGAUUUUUUAGAUGAUGAUUUAGUAAAUUUGUUUGAAAAUCUUUCCAAAAAUGAAGAUAUAAUAGCUAAAGUGAAUGAUGAUUUAAGUUCAGUUUCAAAUAGAGAUAAAUUGAAUUCUGCUUCAUUAAGUAGAUAAUUAAAUGUUUAACUUGAUAUUAGUUAAAUAAGCUAAUAUUGA